UCAAUCUAUUCUCCACUUUUGUACAUAUACUCACAUACAUUCCUUUUUUUUUUUGUUUUUUGAAGUCAUGGAUAACAAACCAGCUUUAUAUGAAGAAUCCUCACAAUACCGACAUUGGCGAUUCAGUCCUUCACAGUUAUGGGAAAUACGACAAUCUUGCAAUGAAGCAGCUAUACAACGUGUGCGCAAAAACAUAGAAGAGGAUAAAGCAGCAAGUAAAACAACCUCAGAAGAAAAAGAACCAGUUUUCAUUACAGCCGAUGAACAGGUUAAACUAUGUCGAUAUUAUGAAGAACAAAUCCAAGUGAUUUGUCCUCAUUUGAAAUUAUCUGAUAUGGUGAUGGCAACGGCACUGAUAUAUAUGAAACGUUUCUUUUUACGCAAUACCAUGAUGGAUUACCAUCCGAAGGAUAUACUAUUUACCUGUUUAUUCAUGGCUACCAAAUCGGAAAGUGAACGGAUCUCUAUUAGUGAUUUUGGUAAAAAUCUACAAUUACCAAAUACUGAUAUGGUACUUUCUUUGGAAUUCACUGUAUCUCAAGGAUUACAAUUUGAAUAUAUGGUACAUCAUCCUUAUCGAGCAGCAUAUGGUUAUUACUUGGACAUUCAGCAUACAGGUGAUCCGAUAGAUCUAGAACUCUUACAAGCUACUUAUAAUCAAGUUGGUGGGGUCAUCAAAAAGAUGUUAUUGACUGAUUUACCUUUGAUCUAUCAACCUUCACAAUUGGCCAUUGCGGCUUUCAUCAUUGCUGGUCAACAUAAUGGAUUUGAUUUAAGAGUGAAAAGAUACUUGGAACAACGAUUGGAUAAAGAACUCGCAGAUACAUUAUACACCAUGACCAUUCUUAUAGAUGAAACUUUGAUUGAAAAUGCUCCAGUUCCUCUUAGUGUGGCAACAGAAAUCGAUGCUCGUUUACGCUCUUGUAAAAAUCCAGCCAAGAACCCAGAGUCUGCAUUGUAAGUUUUUCUUUUUAUGAUGAAGGAUGGUAACUGACGGUUGUUAUUUAGGUACAAGAAACGAUUGGCGGAAAAGGAAAGCAAUGAGGAUGGACAACGGAAGCGGGCCAAACUGGAGGAUGAUGAUGAUGAUGAUUUACCAUUUGAUCGACCUAACUAGUUUAGUGAAUCAUAUUUUUUUUUUAGUCUAUGAUUUAUUCUUCGUGUAGAUUCUUCUUGUAUUCGUUUU